AUGUCGGCUAAUCCGACAGCGGCGACAGAGACGUCGUCUCUGGCCGCCUCCUUGGCGUCCUCGCUGGCGUCGCUCUCUGCAACCCUUUCCGCUACAGCAUCGGCGACUUUGAGCUCCAACGGAACUAUCACUACUUCCUCGACGUCCACAACAGAGACGGCUCCUCCAACAAAUACCGGCAUACAGGAGACUGCAGGCGGUGUUGGUAGCGGUCAGAGAUAUGAAGGAAUGACCCUUGUUGGUUUUCUUACUGCGUUGGCCACUGGUCUCACGAUCUUUGCUGUUCAAAUUCUCGCCUUUCUUGUUUUACGGAAUAAGCUGGCACGUAUCUUUAAACCCAAGACGUACCUGGUUCCAGAACGUGAAAGAACAGAGACGCCCCCCAACACGCCUUGGAAGUUGGUCAGCACGUUAUUAAAAUUCGACGACCGCGAGGUUAUCAAGAAGUGUGGCCUAGACGCCUACUUCUUCCUGCGUUAUCUCAGGACUCUUCUCACCAUCUUCAUCCCAAUUGCCGCUGUGGUUAUUCCCAUAUUAAUCCCCCUCAACUAUAGCGAUGGUCAGGGUCAUGACUUCGUUGAUGAUGGUAUCAAAGACAACAACAAUACCAGCAACACUACAAACGCGCGGCUCCUCGUUAGGGACUACCUCUACGCCAGAGCCGAAGACACCAACGGUACCGUUGACAAAGUACCGACAGGCCUGGACACUUUGGCGUGGGGAAACGUUGGGUUCAACCACACCAAUCGGUACUGGGCUCAUUUAAUCAUGGCACUGUUGGUAAUCGUUUGGACAUGCACGGUUUUCUUCUUUGAGCUACGAGUUUACAUCAAAGUCCGCCAGGAUUAUCUAACAAGCGCCGAACACCGACUCCGCGCCUCAGCAACGACAAUUCUUGUCAAUGGCAUCCCUUCCAAGUGGCUCACCGAGGAAGCCUUACUUGGUCUAUUCGAUGUUUUCCCAGGUCAGAUCCGCAACAUCUGGCUGAACAGGAAUUUGAAUAAGCUCCUCGAAAAGAUUCAACUUCGCGAAAGAGUCCACCUUAGGCUAGAAGACGCCGAAACAGAACUUAUCAAAACCGCAAAGAGAAAACAGCUAAAACGAAGGAAGAAGGAGGAAAAGGCUGCCAGAAAGCAGUCGAAGACUAAAGGACCGACCAAGCAGGAGGAAGCUCUUAGGAGACAGCGAGAGGAUGAUGAAGCUAGAAAGAGAGCGCAGGCUGGUCAGGGCAUCAGUUCUGGUGAACACGAAGAGGUCCCCCACGAUGUCAGGGCCGUUAUGGAAGACGAUGGAGACAACAAGUCCAGAAGAUCAAGCGUCUCAUCCGCAAGUUCCUCUGAAGACGGUAACCGCCCUCAGUCCAGAGGCUUUGGGCUUAGUGUCAUCGGCGACGGCUUUACCAAGGUCAGCAAAGGUUUGAUUGGGGGCGUGGGCAAAGCACAAAAGGAAAUCAAAGAUUUUGGCCAGGACGUCGAAGAUACUAUCGAGACAACCAAUGGCUUCGCUAUGCUUCACCCUACCAAUCGGCCUCGCAAAGUUCAGAUCCUAGCUGAAGGGGAGCGACCAGCGACAGCGACCAGCGUCCAGGGUGAUGCGGAGCAGCUCCGGAAGUAUGCGACCAACGAGACUCACCAGAAGACCCAUUCCCGAAACGCAUCAGCCGCCACGCAGGAAACUUCAGGCCCCAAGAACAGCUACGAGCCGUUCGGAAAUGGCAAUACUGUACGAAAGGUUAGCAAUCUGGAUCAUAUGUAUGACCAAGAAACCCGAAAGUUCUGGCAGUUCUGGAAAGCACCAGCCGGUGGUUACGCGUCACCCAUUCCCCAAGGGUAUGAUCCCGGCGAAUACCCAUUUAACAGUUCUUCAAAAGAGAAGACCACAUGGCAGAAGAUCAAAUCGUUCAUUCCAUUCAUGGGCGAUGACGAAAUUGAUCCAGUCGAGUAUCCCGAGUGGAGUGCGGUUGGCAACGAUUAUAAGAAGAUUCUGGACGAUGAAGCAGAGUGGCGCAAAUGGGUCAAGGAAAAGGACCGACCAACUCAUCGUCUGCCGCGUUGGGGCUUCCCUGACUGGCUUGCUUGGCUCACUUUUGGUCCCAAAGUCGAUACUAUCUAUUGGUGCCGUUCUGAGCUUGCAAGGUUGAACGUCGAGAUCGAGGAGGACCAAGCCCACCCAGAGCGCUAUCCCCUUAUGAACUCCGCCUUCAUCCAGUUCAACCAUCAGGUCUCGGCGCAUAUGGCAUGCCAAAGUUUGAUGCAUCACGUGCCAAAACACAUGUCCCCUCGAAUCAACGAAGUCUCGCCGAAGGACGUGAUCUGGGAUAACAUGGCCAUGGCAUGGUGGGAAGAAUCUUUGAGAUCCGGCAUAGUCACUGUGGUCAUUGCAGCUAUGGCUUUCUUUUGGGCUAUUCCCGUCGCCUUCUCGGCUUCGAUUGCGAACAUUGACUCCCUCAUACGACAAUUUCCCUGGCUCAAAUGGAUCGAGGAACAUGACCGGGUCAAGAAACUUGCUGGUGCCGUCGCCGGUGUCUUGCCCGCCGCUUUGCUCGCUCUUCUACUCAUUAUUGUCCCCCUGAUAUUAGAGCAACUGGCACUGUUCCGAGGCGUCAAAACAGGUUCCCAGAAAGCUGAGUUCGUCCAGCGGGGCUACUUCAUCUUCCUGUUUAUUCAAGUUUUUCUUGUUGUCUCGAUUGCAUCCUUCUUUGCCGCCUCUGUUGAGGAGUUGUGGAGCAAUCUUGAACAGCUCCAGAGCGUGCAGUACAUCCUCAAGACGCUGGCUGAAAAUCUUCCCAAAGCAGCCAAUUACUUCUUCUCCUACAUGAUGCUGCAGGCUUUGUCUGUGAGCUCUGGUACUCUGCUUCAAAUUGGUGCCCUCAUAACAUGGUACUUACUGGCACGCAUUUUUGACUCUACGGCCAGAGCCAAAUGGAAGAGAAACACGACGCUCUCCACCAUCGCCUGGGGCCAAUUCUUCCCCGUUUACACCAAUUUUGCCUGCAUUGCCUUGAUCUAUAGCGUCGUCGCUCCCUUGAUCUCUCUCUUUGCAGUCCUGACGUUUGGGUUGCUGUGGUUUGCUCAGCGGUAUAGCAUGCUCUACAUCACGCGUUUUGAGACUGAUACAGGCGGCGUCUUAUACCCUCGUGCGAUCAACCAAACAUUUACGGGAUUGUACGUGAUGGAGGCUUGCUUGGCAGGCUUGUUUUUCAUAGUGGUGGAUGAGCACAAUCAACCAAGAGCCACCCCGCAAGGUGUUAUCAUGCUAGUGGCACUUGGUCUGACAGCGGUUUAUCAGAUUUCACUCAACUCGUCUUUCUCGCCACUCUUCCGAUACCUCCCCAUCACGAUUGAAGAUGAGGCAGUGAUUAGGGACGAGGCGUUUCAACGCGCCCAAAAUCGACGUCUUGGACUUGUGGAUGACGAUGAAGAGGAUGACGAAAAGACGCCCAUGAGGAAUGCAAACGAUACCAGUUCGGAGCCCCGCGGCAUCGAAUUGCAAAAGAUGAAUGACGCCUCCCCUAGACGGAAACCGUCGACUAUGCGCCAUGUCAAGAACGUCGGUCACUGGGCGAAGCAAGGUGGCAAGAACUUGCGCACCAAGACCUGGAACAUGGGUCCAUCCACCGUCAAAACCGCUGCCGAUUACCGACGUAAGCAACGCGACAAGGACCUAGAGGCUCAACGGGCACUCGGUGACGCGCUGUUUGGUGGGUACCACGACGAAAUCGAAGACUUGACGCCGGAGGAGCGUGAUGCACUCGUUAAAAACGCGUUCAAGCACUACGCUCUUCGGGCGCGAGCACCUGCGGUCUGGCUUCCUCGUGACGACAUUGGGGUUAGCGACGAUGAGAUUAAGCGGACGAAGGAGUUUAGCGAGCACAUUUGGAUAAGCAACGAGGGUACCGCGCUCGACAGUAAGGUCAGAGUGGUGUACGGAGCAAACCCUCCCGACUUUUCCGAGAUCGACAUCAUCAACCUAUGA